UCACAGUUAACCAUCCGGUGUAUGUCUUUAAUAAAACCGCACCGAUAAAUUUUCUAAGUAAUGAAUCUUUGAGACCGUUGAAGAAAAACCAUCUCUUUCCAAAUUCAAGUGCCUCAGAGAGCAUUUGACGUCAUCUCCCUGCGACGUGUGUGACUAGUAGAAGAAAAAUGGCUGCAAGGUUCGUCCUUCGUCCUGCGAUUAGGGCCGCGGUGAGCUAUCGAGCCGGCCGGGCUUUUGUUCAGAGUCGCGGCAUGGCUGCUGGAGGGAUUCCUACUGAUGAGGAGCAGGCCACUGGGCUGGAGAAAAUCAUCAUGAAGGCCACGAAGGAGGGAGCAGAUCCGUACAGCAUAAUGAAACCAAAGAGCUAUGCCGGUACCAAGUCCGAUCCCCACCUGGUCCCCUCCAUCAACAAGAAGAGGAUUGUGGGAUGUGUCUGUGAGGAGGACAACACGGCGGUGGUUUGGUUCUGGCUUCACGAAGGUGAGGCCCAGCGCUGUCCAUCCUGUGGUGCCCACUAUAAACUGGUGGCUCAUCAGCUGCCCCACUAACUACAGAUCACCUUCAGAACAAGAAGAGUCUACUUGUUUUCCUUCUGAGCCUAGUUGACUCGGUCUAUUUCCUGGUCUGACGGCUUGUUCUGUCUCAGUACUUGAUCCAACCGCUCACCUCGUCUCUCUGUUAUGUGUCCAGACAGAUCACGUGUUUGAACAUUCGGUCACUUUACAUCAACACGUGAACUGUCACACUGGGUCCACUUCACUCCUUUUGCUGACCAAUAAAAACACAUCUCUUUGA